AUGGUCAUGAAAGAAAAGUUGUUUGCAUCACAAGGGGGUCCAAUUAUUCUUGCUCAGGUGAUCGAUCUAAGUCCGAAAUACAUUAUCCGCCUGAUUGAAAAUGAGUACGGAAAUAUAAUGGGACCCUAUGGAGAAGCGGGUGAAUCAUAUAUUAAAUUGUGUGCAAACAUGGCUCAGGCUCUUAAUGUUGGUGUUCCAUGGAUAAUAUGUCAACAAAAUUAUGCCCCUCAACCUAUGUUGAACAUAUGUAAUGGCUUUUAUUGUGACAAUUUUACACCAAACAAUCUCAACACUCCAAAGAUGUGGACUGAGAAUUGGACAGGAUGGUUUAAACAAUGGGGUGGUAAAAAUCCUCAUAGAACAACCGAAGAUGUUGCAUUUUCUGUUGCAAGAUUCUUCCAAAGAGGAGGAACUUUUAAUAAUUAUUACAUGUACCAUAGAGGCACCAACUUUGAUAGAAGCGCAGGUGGUCCAUACAUCACAACUUCAUAUGAUUAUGAUGCUCCCCUAGACGAAUAUGGUAAUUUGAACCAACCAAAAUACGGUCAUUUGAAACAACUUCAUGAUGUUCUUCAUUCUAUGGAGAAAACUCUCACAUACGGAAACAUCUCCACCAUUGACUUUGGAAACUCCGCAUCGGCAACAAUUUAUACAACCCAAGAAGGAUAUAGCUGCUUUUUUGGAAACGGAAAUGAAAAUUCAGAUGCAACAAUUAGUUUCAGAGGAGAAUCUUAUGUUGUCCCAGCUUGGUCUGUUACCAUUUUACCGGAUUGCAAAACAGAGGCUUAUAACACCGCCAAGAUUACCACUCAGACUUCAAUGAUGGUUAAGAAACCAAAUGAAGCUGAAGAUGACCCUUCAACUCUAAAAUGGUCAUGGAGACCAGAGAACAUGGACAAUUUCGUUUUGAGAGGAAAAGGAGAAUCUACAAAUACACAACUCUUUGAUCAGAAAGUAGUAAGCAAUGACCAAAGUGAUUAUCUAUGGUAUAUGACCACCGUUAAGUUUAGAAAACGAGAUCCAUUUAUGGGUAAAAACAUGUCUCUCCGCGUCAAUAGUACUGCUCAUGUCCUUCGUGUUUUUGUCAAUGGAAAACAUAUUGUUAGUCAACACGCUGAAAAUGAAAAAUUCCACUAUGUCUUUGAGAAAGAUGCAAAGUUUAAGUCUGGCCGUAAUGUCAUUUUUCUCCUUAGCAUAACUGUGGGACUUCAGAACUAUGGUGCUUUCUUCGAAAGUGUGCCAGUUGGAAUCACUGGACCCAUUUUUAUUAUUGGAAGAAAUGGUGAUGAAAUCAUAGUUAAGGACUUGUCUUCUCAUAAAUGGAGCUAUAAAACCGGUUUAAAUGGGUUUGAGAACAAACUCUUUAAAACGGAAUCACCGUCUAAAUGGUCAUUUGAAAGUGUACCAUUGAACCGAACCAUGACUUGGUAUAAGACUACGUUCAAGGCUCCAUUGGGAAAUGAUCCAGUUGUUGUCGAUCUUUUGGGACUUGGAAAAGGUACGGCUUGGGUCAAUGGAAACAACAUUGGAUGCUAUUGGCUGGCAUUCAAUUCAAGCUCUGAUGGUUGUUCUGCGAAAUGUAACUAUAGAGGGGCUUAUUAUGCUGAAAAGUACCAGACCAAUUGUGGAGAACCUACACAAAGAUGGUACCAUGUUCCUCGUUCUUUCUUGAUCACAGAAGGAGUUAACACACUAGUUUUGUUCGAGGAGAUGGGAGGAAACCCAUCGCUUGUCAAUUUUCAAACUACUAGAGUGGGAAGUGUAUGUGCUAAUGUCUAUGAGAAAAAUGUCAUUGAGCUUUCAUGCGAUAGGAAAACCAUUUCUGCCAUCAAAUUUGCCUCCUUUGGUAACUCAGAUGGAAAUUGUGGAUCUUUCGUAAAGGGAACUUGUGAAGGAAGUAAAAACGCUGUUGACAUUCUAACAAAAGAAUGUAUCGGAAAAGAGAAGUGUUCCAUUGAUGUCACUGCAGAAAAGUUUGGAGUACCAGAUUGCAGUGGUGUUGCUAGAAGGCUCCCUAUUGAAGCUAUAUGUUAA